CCAAGCCAGCUCGAGCUUUCCUGCUUUUCUGUCAUGGAAAUGUUUCCUAAUAGGCGGCAUUAAGUGUGUUGGUUUUAUUCGACUUUCUUAUUCUGAAAUGUACGACCGUCUGGAUCCCCGCUCGGCCGAGAGAGGACGGCCUUUUGUAGCCAGAAUACAAGGAAGCGUCGUCUGAGAGAGAGAGAGGGGGGAAGCCUUGACGCUUUUUCCUCCUCCUCCUCCUCCUUCCUUUCGCCCCCUCUCCUCCUCUUUUUGGCGGAGAGAGAGAGGGAGAGAGGGGCUGAGAGACAGGAAUAAACGCCUUUUUUAAGGGUUGUUUUUCCUUUUUCUUUUCUUUUUUUAAUAUUCCGAUUUGAAUCCUACUGCGCCACCAGACCGGAUCACGUGGGAGUGAAGAGAGUUGGAUCGAUUUUGCACAGUUCACUAUGAGAGAAAGAGAAACUCCUCUAUUUCUUUUUUUCACUUUUGUGGAUGACUGUUGAUACUUUUGUGUAUUUUUAACAGAAGAAGGGGGGUUCUUUGAGUGGCUUUUUUCUGCCUUGGGGGGUGCGGAGUAUUGAUUCUUAUAUGCCUGGGUGUUGAAAAACAAUGGAGACGCACAUUUCGUGCCUCUUCCCGGAAAUUUUGGCGAUGAUUUUCAGCUAUCUGGACGUGCGGGACAAAGGCAGGGUAGCCCAAGUGUGCAUUGCUUGGAGGGAUGCAUCCUACCACAAGUCAGUCUGGAGGGGGGUUGAAGCCAAGCUGCACCUCCGCCGGGCAAAUCCCUCCCUGUUCCCCAGCCUCCAGGCCAGGGGCAUCCGAAGGGUCCAGAUCCUGUCCCUGCGCCGUAGUCUGAGCUAUGUGAUCCAGGGGAUGCCGAACAUAGAGUCCCUCAAUCUGUCCGGCUGCUACAACCUCACCGAUAACGGACUGGGCCACGCUUUUGUGCAGGAGAUCCCAUCGCUUAGGGUUCUGAACCUGAGUCUCUGCAAACAGAUUACAGAUUCCAGUCUUGGGAGGAUAGCUCAGUACCUGAAGAAUCUGGAGGUGCUGGAGCUUGGAGGCUGCAGCAACAUCACCAACACAGGGCUUCUGUUGAUAGCCUGGGGGCUCCACAGGCUGAAAAGCCUCAAUCUGAGGUCCUGCAGGCAUGUCUCAGAUGUGGGGAUCGGACACUUGGCGGGUAUGACCCGGAGCGCGGCGGAGGGCUGCUUGAACCUGGAGUACCUGACCCUCCAGGACUGUCAGAAACUGACGGACUUGUCACUCAAACACAUUUCCAAGGGGUUGACGAAGCUCCGGGUGCUGAACCUGAGCUUCUGCGGGGGGAUCUCAGACGUAGGGAUGAUCCACCUGUCCCACAUGGCCUCACUGUGGAGCCUCAACCUGCGUUCCUGUGACAACAUCAGUGACACUGGGACCAUGCAUCUCGCCAUGGGCACCCUACGGCUCUCUGGACUCGACGUGUCCUUCUGUGACAAGAUAGGGGACCAAACCCUGGCUUACAUCGCCCAGGGGCUGUACCAACUCAAAUCCCUAUCCCUGUGCUCGUGUCACAUCUCGGAUGAUGGGAUCAACCGGAUGGUGAGGCAGAUGCACGAGCUGAGGACUCUGAACAUUGGACAGUGUGUGCGCAUCACGGACAAAGGACUGGAGCUCAUUGCCGACCACCUGACUCAGCUGGCGGGCAUCGACCUGUAUGGAUGUACCAAGAUCACCAAGAGGGGACUGGAGAGAAUCACACAGCUCCCCUGCCUUAAAGUGUUGAAUCUGGGACUCUGGCAGAUGACAGAGAGUGAGAAAGUGAGGUGAUUGAAAAUGUGUGUUUUAUUUUUAAAAAAAUACAGACACGAGGAGGAAGGAUGGGUUGGUGGGGAAAUUUCUCUUAUUAUUUAGGUGUGCUUCUCCUGUGUGACUGUAAUUUUACAUUGUUUUCAUUCUUUCUUUUUGGCUUUGCAGGAUUUUAAAGUAGUCUUUGAUUUAUUGUUCCACCUGGUAGGAAGCAAUUCAAACUUGUGUUGUGAGCUGAAGAACAUCCCUGGUCACACUUGUUUUGAUCUCACAUUGAGUCAGGUGUUGAAAAGGGGGGGAAAAAAAGAUGCAAAUCAGCAAGUUGCAAACAGAUUAACUGACAUUUUGUUGUGGAAAAUUCAAUCCGACACCGCCGGCAGAUCCCCCUCACCUCCCAUUCCCUUUCAUUUUUAACAAAAAGUGAGUUUUUAAUUAUUUUCAAACUUGAGUGUGAGACUAAAUGUUUGUCUGAAUUUGAGACAUUUAUGACUCUUGCUUCAGCCAUCACGCCUAAAAUAUUUGGCUACCUCGUACGUGGUUGUUUUCAAAGGGUGUAUACUGUUAAGAAGAUGCCAGAAUGAGAGUCUGGGAGGAAAAAAAUGUGCCUAAAAGAGACUGUGUCUGCCCCCCGCUCCCAUCCAAAUCCAGAGGUGCAGAAAGGAGACCAGCGCACAAUCGUAACUACCUUUUUGUUAAUUUACCCUCAGAUGUGGCAACAAAUUUGACAGAGAGAGGAAGAAGGAGAAGGACAAGAAAAUUGCUGUUAAAUCCGUUUCCUGCGAAGAACGGCAUUUGAUGCAGAAACACACAAAAACAUCUUUUUGUUUGUUUUUAAUUUUUACAUUUAAAGCUCGACUGCUUUGCUAUGAAAUUCUGUGCAUAAGCUUCUAGAAGCACUAAUGCUGAUCCUGUAAUAAUUGGCUGCUGCACAGACACGAGGACGUCACAGAGAGAUAAAAUCAGAAUGUGUCCUUAAUAUUAUGGACUGUUUUCUGUGGGGGGUGGGGGUGCUGUUGGGAAAUAAAUGUCAGUGAAUGUUGUUCGUACUUCAAAUUGAAGUGAUUUCUACAAUAUUGACUACGUUUUAUUAACUGAACCAAUCAGGGUUUGUUUCAAGAUUUUUAUUUUUUCCUCCCCCACAUUAAAAGCCAAGAUGGGUCACAUACAUAUUCAUGUUGUCAUCGGUGAGAGGAUGAACUGAUGGCUUCUUCCUCCUCUUUUCUCUCUCUGGAUAAAAAUCCAUUUUCAGACAAGCUUAGAAUAAGAGAGCAAUUGAUUAUUUUUUUUCUUUUCUCUGUGUCUCAUUACAGAAUUCAUCUCUCUCUCUUCCACAUGUGCACACACAUGCACACGCCUGCGUUUUAAUGUAAUGCAAUGACCUGCUAGAUAAAUUAACACGGAUGUGCGUCCUGCUGAAAAAGCUGUGUGUUUGAAAAUAAAAAAAGAUGUACUGUAUAUUAUGUGUUUGUAAAACAGAAAAAAAAAAUGCAGAAUCCCAAAAUUAAAUUGUUUUAUAUUCUUACAGGUUAAAACAAUUAAAGAUAUUUAUAUAAUGAA